AUGGAUCUGACGGCGAAGCGGCGCGACGCUGCCGUCUUCCUCUCUCUCGUCUGUAUCCUUCUGGCUUCUCCGGCGGCAUCGAUCUCCACAGCCUGGCCAGAGCAAGCGACCUACGAGAAGGUGCGCUCAGCGCUGGCGGAGGCCAGAUUGAGGAGGGAAGCAGCCGAAUUUUGGCCCGUGGAUUGGUGGCUGUCAAACAAGCAGCGUCGGCGUCGACCGCUGAGAUCGCCGCCACCUCCACGUUCCAGAACGAUAAUCAAUCAGAACAGACCGCCGGCUUUCAUCCUCAGGUCUCCGCCGCCACCUAGAGCUCUGCCGCCGCCCCCACCUCCACCGCAGGUGCCGCUGCGUUCCCCCUCGGUCUCCGGUUACAGGAGACCUACGCCCCCUCGGCGCUUCAGGUAGCGUCGAGGAAUGGCACGAAUGUAAUCUCCUCGGGAAAUAAUUCCAAAUUGGAAAAAUCAUAAGACUAUUUUGCCAGCAAAACUUUACAGAGCAAGUAUAAAAGGAGCUUGUUUUAUUGCCGCAACAUUAUCAAACAACAUUGCGGGCUCUCUUCACGGCUUCUUAGUCAACCAAAAGGGUCAGCCAUAAUCCUCAAAAAAAGAAACAUACUUUAAUUAAUAAAGUGCCACGGAUGAACUUUGGUCUAAUCCCAGCUUCAUCAAUACCUUGGAUUCCGCAGCUAGCCUGAGAUAACGAAACUUAAAAGUUGCAAGGUCACCAUGUGAAACCUUAUAUGUUGACCAAAUAAAAAACAGAUAAAAAUAAAAGUGGGUAUUUUGAACUACGUCUUUGUUACGUACCCAAUAUGGAUCUCCUUCAACGCCACAGAUAGCAUGAGGAAACUGUGAUCUUUAGAUAUUCCCAGUUUUACCGUAUAAUUAUGAAUCUUUUUAUUUAAAGGUAAAAUUAGCUAGACACCGUGCACCAAAGCAAAGCAAGGGACACCAGAGUGUAGUCGGUCAUUUUCUUCUUGGCGUCCAGUAUAGGUCUAGACCGUCGACACAGUUAUACAUCUGUAGUGAAGGAUGUUGCCAUACUGAUAACAAAUGGCAGGAAGAGGUAUCCCAUCAGGUGCAGUGCACAACGGGGUGCUAUCCCAUCCGAGAGGGAAGUGACAUUACUCUAAAAUUUAUUAUUUUAAUUUGAAAGCAAUAGAAACAUCUUCAGGUCAGUAUACCAUCUUCUUGGAAGAGUUGGAGCUCGGUCCGCUAUAUUUCUGUACAAGUUUCAAUCUUAGGUGGGGCUCCCGGUCUGAUGGGAUCCAAGUGGUCAAUCUUCUUCACAUGUGGCUAGUCUACCUGUAUUAAUCUCUCCCCUUUUGUCCCUCAAUCUACAAUUUGCAUGUCCAACCGAUUUCUGUUGAGAUAUGAUUUAAUACCCCUGAUGUUUUGGAUUGAAAAUAGACCCAGUGGCCUCCUCUGUUGGGGAUUACUUUUAACCCAUAUAAAGAGUCAAAUGUGUUAAAAACUUAUAACGAACCCUGUUUUUUCAAGAAUGGAAAAAUUUUACAAUUCUUAGGUUCUACUUUCUGACAUUCCCUGUUUAUCCAGAAACCUCUCUCCCUUUUCUUUGUCCUAUUUGAUGUCUUAUCUAAUUGCUUUCAGGUGCUGGCAUCCUGAAGCUAUGUAGAGGCAAUUGGUGGGGCAAAGGGAACAACGAGAUGACAUGCUAGUUGUUCUUAGAUGCUAAACAGUAAUAAGUGGUAGGCUAUAUCAGAGGUCAAUAAUAUAAUGGAUUGAACACUUAUUUACAAGCAUAAGACAGCUACAUACGAGUCGUAUUGUUGUUGUAUAUGAGGUAUCUACAAUUUAUCAUUUUUUGGACACUUUUGAGACAUUAACCGUUCCAUAUUUGAAGGAUCUUACAUGUCAUAUUGAGCAGAUAUUUGAGGCAAAUUGUCCUUAUUCUGAAGUAAAUGAUCUUUAUUCAUAUUUUCACUUUGAUUUCAGUCAUAUAUUAUUUGUGGCAUUUAUUUUCUGUUCCUUACAAUAUCUUGACCAAGUUUACAACACCCCGCUAUUCUAACUGUAAGAUGCCGCCCUCAUCUUGCUUUGGCAGCUUAGUCCUGCCCUUCUCUUUCGAUAUCAUCUAUUCCUCUACCCUCUCCUACUAUCUAUUGAUUUCUUUACCCAUUUCUGCUAGGAAAAUAUCCCCUCCUUCCAACUGCCUCCACUGAUAAUCUUCAUCCCAUCCUCCACUUCCUAGCUAGUAGAACUACCUCUCAUACGCCAUCUCCUACAGCUGCAUCCUGUAACGCUUCCAUGGAUAUGGCAGUAACUCCCCUAUAGAGCCAUUGAUAGAAUGAGGAGAAUGUGUAUCUUAGACAUUUAUGUUUUAUGGCGUAGUUUUGAAUCUUUUUAUUUAAGAAAUAAACUUUGCGAGACACCUUGCAUAUAUUCUGAGGGGAUACCAAAGUGUACUCUAUCAGGGUCUUUACGGAGACUAGCAUGGGUUGACCAAACCAUUGACCCAUUUAUAUCUCUGAUGUCAGUGAUGAUGUCAUGGUGAUAACAAAUGGUUCGAAUAGUUGACUUCGACUACAAGAAGCUACAACUUGUUCAAUGCACAGCUUGCCGCCAUGCCAACCGAGACGGAUGUGAUAUUAUUGUUAUAAAUCAUUGGAUUAAUUGGAAAGAGUGAAACAUCUUUAGGUUAGUCCACAAUCUUCUUCGAAGUCUUUGUAUCCUGGUGAGUUAUACCUUCGUUCGGGUUUUAGUCUUAGGUGCAUCCCUGGCCAAAUGGGAACCAAGUGGUCAAUCUUCUUCACACCUGACUGGUCUACCUUUUUCUCUUUUAUUCCGCGUCUCAUUCUUUGAAUUUUAUGUCCUGUUUCCUGUCUAGCAAUUAUAAGAUCCUGUCCCCCGCCUCGUCCUGGCAGCUUCAUCCUUUCUCUCUCCUUCAAUAUCAUCUUCCCUCUUCCUUGCCUCUCCGAACUUGCUUGCUCCCCAUCUCUCCCUGUCUUGCUAGGCCUUCCAUUUCUUUACCUGUUGCUUCUGGGGAAUAUCCCUAACCUUCAUCCCGUCUUGAACUUCUUGGUUGGCGGAACUCCCCUGCACCGUCUCAUCCGACUGCGCCCUAUUACGUUUCUAUGGAUCUGGCAGUAAGGGUGCGUUCCGCCGCCGUCCUCCUUGCUCUCCUCCACAUCCUCUUAGCUAUGCCGGGCGGUCAGCAUUCUGCCGCAUGGGCCAAACUGGUGACCGAUGAACGGCCGGAGUUAGCGUCGGCGUGGACAGGGCCAGGAGCUGAGACUGGGGCCCGAGCUUUUGUGGGAAAACCUCCCGUGAUACGGCCGCCGUACACACAGUGCGCCCCCAAUAGGCCUAUUUACCAAGGGAGAGUCCACCGAGGAGGCCACCUCUUUACCACCAAGUGCGUUUGCUACUACUAUGUUAUCCUCGAUAAUAAAAUACUGUUGAAAAUUACUGUUGAAAAGGGCAAUGAAACAGCGUUUAACACUGACAUGUCCUCCCCCAUAAUAUGUAUAUGCCUUGUUCUCAAAUGGAUAACUGAAUUUUUAGCCAAAUUAAUGACACUCAUGUUUUCACAUUGGGUAGAGAUUUGUUUUCAAAAUUAAUCUUAUAAUCUUUAAGUUAGCAUUUUAUCUCUAAAACUUGUGUGCAACAUAUAUCUGUGAUUUGAUAUUCAGAUUAGCUAUUAACAAAGCAAUUGUAAUUUUUUCUGAGAUGUCUAUAAAAUGAGACAUUGUCAUAGACUUAAACAUGACCCAUUGGUAAUUUUCUAACAAUUAAAUUUUCAGUGAAGUCAGAAUCAAUGUAUUUUACUAAAUUCAUUCCACACUGCUUUAGAAACCAAAUUCCAAAAUCAGAUAGAAAUGUUCUGUAUCGAAAUAUUUUUUUCACAUUAGUUAAAUGUGAUUCCUCUGGAUCACUUUAAAUUCUAGUGUAUAGGAAUAUGCUGAAAAUUGUGUCGAUUUUACUUGUAGUCAAAUAUAACACUUUUGUAUUUGGAUCUUAGAUAAAUUUUGAUCUUACCGUCUAUGAGAAUUUAUUUUCUUUUACAUCUGCAUGAUUAUAUGUCCUAAAAUUAUUUAGUAUAUUACGGUUAGAAAUGAAGAUUUCAUAUUCUAAUUACCAUAUUUGUAUUCCUAAGGCAUAACUAACUUCACCCAUCAUGAUCUUCUAAAUUAUAAGAGUCAUCCUUAAAAUUAUCAUUUCCUUAAAAUUUUCCAAGUUAGUAUAUUUUUCAUUUUUAUCUUUGAUGAAUGUUGGUCAUAUUGUCCAUGAUAGUUUUCUUUCCCUUUACACUUCCAAGUUAUUACUUGAUAUAUUGGCUGACGCCCUUGAGUCAAUAAUCCAAAAGGUUGGAUUUGAGGCUGAUAGAGUGAUGGUACCUAAGGUGGAAGUCAUGGCAUGAAUGGCCAGCAUGACUCAUCGAUGUAGCCUCCUUAUGCUUCAUCCAAGCAUCAUAUUAGAGUUCUUGGAUGACAUCAAGUUAGACGUAAUUUGGGUCCAAUCAUUGAGCUUGCCAAACUUAUCCCAUUAAUUAUCUGACUAGUGGUUAGUCUUCCCUCAAUGAUGGAGGAGUCAUGGACAACCAGAGUGAAAGUAGCGGAGUUUGGCUAAUGGACACACAUACUUUGAAAAAGUCUCUAGAAGGGAUGGUAGGAAGUUGGCAGCGGGUACUGACCCUGAAUUUGAGAAGAAGUGAGAGUGGUGGACGAUCAUGAACAGUCACUGCCAACUCUUUACAGCAUCUAACCUGUGUGACCAAAUCAGUGGUGGAAGGUUAUAGACCUUGAGAUUGUCCAUGAGAGAACUGAGCUUUGCAUAAUAAUCUUAGACUGUCAUCUCGUCUUGCUUAAGUUUGAAGAGCUAUUCAUAGACUUCCACCAUACAGUAGAUAUUCUUUUAGUUCUUAUACAUAUACUCUAGAGUUUCUCAAACUUAUUUAUCCAGGAUAAUAAGAGGAAGUGCGCACGCAACGUAAGAGGUGAUGCUCUUGAGAAUCCAAAAAAUGGUGGCCGAGUCUGUCAUAUAUUAUUUAUCAUAUUUGUCACUCCUCAUCUCAGUAGAAUUCUUAGUGAGAGAUGACAGCCUCCCAUGUGGCUGAAGAGAGUGCUUGAAGUUUGCCGCCCAUGACAUGUAGUUUGUCCCAUAAAAUACUUUCGAGGGACUAUUAAGUUGUGCCCCAAGUGUGUUGUGUGAUGUUGGUGCCGGUGUGCGCGCUGCUGUGGUGCACUACACGCGCAUGCAUGGCCACUGCGUAGCUACGGUUUUCUGUGUGUGGACAGCGGAUGCGCUGUGUGAGGCACACACGCCUAUGUGCCCCUUGGAGGAGACAGAGCCGGCGGGGGUGGUGGUUGCGCGAGGCCGGUGUGCCUUAGGAGGAGACAAUCAGCCGGCGACCUGGCUUUGAUACCAUGCGUAACGAUAGAGGCUAUGAGUCACAGAGGAGGCCUCUACCAUUUAUAUAUAGGGAGAGGCCAUACAAGAAAGAGAGAUACAAUAGGCCUGUUAGGCCAGUUGGGGCCCAAUCACAACAUACCUCAAAGUAACGAUAUUUACUUUUCGAAUUCUUCCAUUUGGUCUAGAAAAUAGUUUCACAUGGUAACCUCACUAAUUUGAAGUUCCAUUAAGUCCUCGGACUAACUUGGCCAAUCCAAGGUGUUUCUGAAGUUGAGACUAAAUGAUAGUUCGUACAUUGUAUUUUAUUAAUUAUACCAUUUCUCCUUAUUUGAAGAAUAUGGCUGGCCCAUUUUUGUUGACUGAUAACUUGCAAAGAAAAUCCACAAUGUUCAUAAACUUCCACAAAAAAAAAAGAUCCUUUAUGCUUUCUUUCAUCAUUUUUUUUGCUGAAAAAAUAAUCAUAUGAUUUCUAAUUCGCGCUUAUUUUCCAAGGAGAUCAGGUUCGUCCCAGUGUACGACGCUGCCCAUAACGCGGAGGGGUGGGGUCACCGGUAAACGGAGACGGAGAUGGAACGCAGCGUCAGCUGCAACACGAUGGCGGAGGUCUGAUUCGAUGAACUUGUGGUCUGCGUCUUGGAGCUGGCGGCGGUCUCAGUGGUCGACGCCGAAGCUGCUUGUUUGAUUGCCACCAAUCCACCGGCCAAAACUCGCCUCCUUCCCUCCUCAACCUGUUUUCAGCCAGGACUGUGGAGACCGAUGCCGCCGGAGAAGCCAGGAGGAUGCAGAGCAGAGCGAUGAGGAUGCCAGCACAGUGCUUCAUGGCCGUCAGAUCCUUGACGGAGAGGGAGUGACGUUGGUGGAGGGGGGAAGAAGUGCCGCUGGCAUUGACAGCCGGGUAGCCGUAUCUUAUGGUUGGCGAGAGCCGUGGUUGGUAGAACGCCAUUGUUGACCGUAGAUAUCACAUCCUUUUGUUGUUUUAUAACCUAUAGAAAAUUAUUUAACUGGAAUAAGAAUAUAUGGAACUCAUGUCAAUAACGUCAACAAAUUAGGACCCCCACGUCAAUAUUCUACAAAAAAAGUGCGGUAGGUAAAGCACGUGUGGACUCGUAUCUUAGUCCAAGAGGAAGUCCUGAUCGAACUGAUAGGAACGUGGGGGGAGCCACCGAAACUGACUUCGAUGAGUUUACAUCCAAUAAGUUUGAACCAUAGUCUGUCUAUGAUAUCCUUUAUCAGCAUGUUGGGUUUUCCAUUUUCUAAAAGUGAUUUUACCAUUAUGUCUUAAAGUAUUGAUAAUUAGGGGUGCCAGUGAGAGGGUAGACAAUGAGAAAGCCUGCUGCUCUUCACAGAAGAAAAAUCACGCUGAUGUUCGCUAGAAUAAGGAGAAAUACGCCGAAAGGAGGAGAAUAACAGCGAUAAAUCUCUCAUUUCAGUUAGAAAACUAGAAAAGAACGAUAUCGUAUUGCACUUCCUUCGUCAAAUCAAGGCUGAGAAGAAGAAGAAAAGAUCGAUGUGAAGGAGAUCGCACGGAAAAGGUAAAUAUGAACGAGGAGAAGAAAGAGAAGCACGAUCCAUUUCAUCUGCGCGGUUGCUCCUGAUAGUCCCAACAAAAAGAAGAAUGAAGAGGGAAGGAAGAGAAGCACAAAGAAGAGAUAAAAGAUGAGAACCAUUCGUGUAGAGCUGGAGAGUCGGACAAAUAAGAGGCAGGCUAAGAAGAAGACGAUGUUACAGCGUAUGAUGCUUUUUCGAAAGGCCUAAGGAUGAUUUAUAAUUGAUAAAUAUGGCGCUACAGCACCGUAGAACAGUAGAUCUGAUUAGGUUCUGAAUCAACAGACAACAGGUAGGCCGUUUAAAGGCCGCUGAUAGAUCGGGAACAAUAACGGAAGAAAAAGGGGGGGGGCGUCGGAGAAAUUUAUGAAUUUCUCGUCUUCCUGAAACGCCCCAUGCCCGCCAUGGAUUGAGCUCCCAGGCCACCAAACCAAUCACGUUGAGGUUUACGCGGAGGGAGGCGAAGAAAAAGUCCGCUCAGAACGCCGCCAGUAACGUGGGACUUUGGCCACCUUCUACGGACUCUGCAGAGAAUCCACUGAAUGAGCAUCGAGAUGAGACGGAGGAAGACAGUCUGUAAUUGAGACUGACCCAUGAUUUUUCCAUAGAAGAAGGUAAUUUUUCAUAAUUCAUUCAGGGUAUUUUCCGUGUUCCAUUUUUCGGUGAAGAAAAACAUCUGUUCUUGUUCUUGGUAAUCUGGUUUUGUUGGGGAGACGACGCUAAUUGUGUGGGCUCCGUCGUUCAGCCUGUGGGGACGGCGGCAGGAACUGGGAAGGUCCAACCUUGAAGCCAGCCGUGGCCGAUCCCACUUACACGCCAGCCAGGUUCGAAUUCUAUUUAUUUUUCAAACUGUUUCUCUCCUUCCUUCUCCGGUUUGCAAUACAAACGUCGUGCAUUUUCUCUCUGGUGUCUAGAUUCUUGAAGGAGAAAAUUAAUAAACUUAAAACAUUGGAUAACAUAUAAUUGCGCUACUAGAAUGCUGAAUUUUAACCUUAAACCCUUUAUUACCGUCUUGCACUCCAGUUACCUCGUUGUGUACAUUGCUCUCUACCUCUUCUUCUCCAACUAUUUCCUUAUUUUUUUUGCAGCAUUUACUAUCAAAUCAACCAAAAUCAAAAUAGUAAUAUUUAAUUUUAAUUUUAUUAAUAAUAUUUUUUAUAUAUUAUAAUUAAUAUUUAAUUUUAAUUUUACUAAUAAUAAUUUAUAUAUAUUAUAAGAUGAAUAAAUAAUAAAUACAUAAUAACAAACUAAUUGUUAUCUAGCAUAUAGCAUUAAAUAAAUAAUAUAACAAAUAUAUAUAUUAAAAAGUAAAUCUUCUUCAUACCUGUGGCCUAUCUGCCUUUCUCGUCUGUUUCUCAACUACGACUUUUAAGUCCUACCGCACCCCCCCUGUUCAGACUGUAAGAUUCCCUCUCCCACCUCGUCCCGGCGACUUCAUCCCAUCCUUCCCCUUCGACGUGAGUCACUCCCUUUCUCGCCCCUAGUGACAUAAUUUCUUCCCGUCUCCCGCUAUCUCAGUAUCCCUUCAUUUCUCUGGGAUACAAAUCCCCUCCUUACAACUUCCCCCGCUGAUAACCUUCAUCCCGUCUUGCAGUUUCUUGGUCGGCUGAACUACCCUUCUCCCUCUCCUCUAGCUCCGCUUUCUAUCCCCUAAGAAUCUGGUGGCGAUGCAGCGCGACGCCGGGAUCCUCCUCACUCUCAUCUGCAUCCUCCUGGCUUCUCCGGCGGUAUUGGUUUCCACAGCCGGACCCGAGCACGAGAAGGUGCGCUCAGCGCUGGCGGUGGUUAAACUGAGGGGGGAAGGGACCCCGAUUUGGCCGGUGGAUUGGUGGCACUCCGACAAACGGCGUGGGCGUCGACCGCGGAGAACGCCGCCAGCUCCUCGUUCCAGGCCGCCACUGAAUAGCCGCGGAUGGCGGCCUCGACGUCCGCCGCAGGUGCCGCCGUAUUCCCCACCGGUUCCAGGUUGAGGGAAACCCCCGCCCCCUCCGCGAUAUCGGUGGCGACGUGGACUGGCACGAACCAGAUAUCGAAAAUAAACCAAGAGUGGAAAAUCAUAUGAUUGUUUUGUCACCAAAAAUGUAUAACAUGAAGAAUAAAGAAGCUUCCUUUAUUGCGGCAAGUUUACCAACCUUGGGACUUUCUUCACUAGUUAUCAGUAAACAAAAAUGGUCAGUCAUAGUGUUCUAAAAAUGGGAAAUACUAUAAUUCAUAAAGUACCAAGUAAGAACUAUCCAGCUUCAUCAACACCUUGGAUUGCGGGAGCUUGUCCAAGAUCUUGAAGAAACUUCAAAAUAGCGAGGUGACGAUUUAAGAAAGACCUGAUAUUUGGAAAAAUAGGUACUUUUUAACAAGUCGUAGUUACUUAGCCCUACAGAUCUCCAAAAAAACGAUUGAUAGCAUGAGAAAAGAUAUGCAUUUUAGACACUCCUGUUCUAAGGUGCAAUGUUGAAUCUUCUUAUUUAAAGGUAAAAUUUGCGAGACAACGUUCACUAACUUAACGGAGGGGACACCAAAGCGCACUCGGUCGUCCCUGUGGGAUCCGCCCUGGUUGACCCAACCGUUGACCCAUUUUUAUAUAUAUCAAGUCAGUGAUGGCGUCAUACAAAUUGUAGUGAGAGCUGACUUGGACUACAAGAAACCAUAGCUGGUGCAGUGCAUAGCGGGGGCUCUAUGCCAUCAGAGAGGGAUGGGAUAUCUUUAUUAUAUCUGUUUACCUGAAAAGACCCAAAUCAUCUUCAGCCCAGUCUAAAAUUUUCUUAGAAGCCUUUGUAGCGUGGUCUAUACCUUAGUAGGCGGGUCCGCGUUAGGUGCGGCCUCGGUCUAAUCGAAACCGAGUGGUCAAUCUUCUUCAUACGUAAGUGGUCUCCCUCCCUCCCUCUCUCGCUCUCUCACUCUCUCUUUCUCUCUCUCUCUCUCUUUCUCUGGCUCCCGCUCACUAUUACUAUAUUUUUUUUAUGACGUUUUAACAACUGAACACUAUCCAUCAACCUCAACGCGUCGACGAGUUUACAACCUGACCUAAGAUGAGAUCGCCUUGGUGGCAACGCGAGAACCUUUAAUCCAGGCCAACAUCCCGUGAUACCACGUAGACAAAGUCAUACUGAGUUGGUGAGUCAGAAAAUGCUGGGUAUUACAAGAGAGAUGCCAAUCAUAAAGUUAAUCUAAUCUGAUGAUGGUAUAUAGCAAAUGUAAUGGGAUCAACAGUAGACAUGAUGGUGAAUAGGUGGAAAGUAAGUCAGCAUCGAAGCAAACUUUCAUGAUUUUUUUCUCAACUGCCGAUCUUAAUCUAAUACGCUGAUUUCAGCUACAGUGCUCACAGCUCCUCGAGUUGUAUGAUGCAGCUGUACCUACAAAUGAAUGUACAACAAUUAUUGCCAUUCGAGGGCAUGAUGCUUGAACUACUGAAGGUGGAUUAUUCUUCUAUUUUUUCGUAUCAAUGUACUAAUUGAUAGUUAACUAUACUAACGUGGAGUGCAAGACGGUAAUAAAGGGUUUAAGGUUAAAAUUCAGCAUUCUAGUUGCGCAAUUAUAAGUUAUCCAAUGUUUUAAGCUUAUUAAUUUUCUCCUUCAAGAAUCUAGACACCAGAGAGAAAAUGCACGACGUUUGUAUUGCAAACCGGAGAAGGAAGGAGAGAAACAGUUUGAAAAAUAAAUAGAAUUCGAACCUGGCUGGCGUGUAAGUGGGAUCGGCCACGGCUGGCUUCAAGGUUGGACCUUCCCAGUUCCUGCCGCCGUCCCCACAGGCUGAACGACGGAGUCCACACAAUUAGCGUCGUCUUCCCAACAAAACCAGAUUACCAAGAACAAGAACAGAUGUUUUUCUUCACCGAAAAAUGGAGCACGGAAAAUACCCCGAAUGAAUUAUGAACAAUUACCUUCUUCUAUGGAAAAAUCAUGGGUCAGUCUCAAUUACAGACUGUCUUCCUCCGUCUCAUCUCGAUGCUCAUUCAGUGGAUUCUCUGCAGAGUCCGUAGAAGGUGGCCAAAGUCCCACGUUACUGGCGGCGUUCUGAGCGGACUUUUUCUUCGCCUCCCUCCGCGUAAACCUCAACGUGAGUGGUUUGGUGGCCUGGGAGCUCAAUCCAUGGCGGGCAUGGGGCGUUUCAGGAAGACGAGAAAUUCAUAAAUUUCUCCGACGUCCCCCCCCCCCUUUUUCUUCGGUUAUUGUUCCCGAUCUAUCAGCGGCCUUUAAACGGCCUACCUGUUGUCUCUUGAUUCAGAACCUAAUCAGAUCUACUGUUCUACGGUGCUGUAUCGCCAUAUCUAUCAAUUAUAAAUCAUCCUUAGGCCUUUCGAAAAAGCAUCAUACGCUGUAACAUCGUCUUCUUCUUAGCCUGCUUCUUAUUUGUCCGACUCUCCAGCUCUACGCGAAUGGUUCUCAUCUUUAUCUCUUCUUUGUGCUUCUCUUCCUUCCCUCUUCAUUCUUCUUUUUGUUGGGACUAUCAGGAGCAACCGCGCAGAUGAAAUGGAUCGUACUUCUCUUUCUUGUCCUCGUUCAUAUUUACCUUUUCCGUGCGAUCUCCUUCACAUCGAUCUUUUCUUCUUCUUCUCAGCCUUGAUUUGACGAAGGAAGUGCAAUACGAUAUCGUUCUUUUCUAGUUUUCAAAAUGAAAUGAGAGAUUUAUCGCUGUUAUUCUCCUCCUUUCGGCGUAUUUCUCCUUUUUCUAGCGAACAUCAGCGUGUUUUUUCUUCUGUGAAGAGCAGCAGGCUUUCUCAUUGCCUACACUCUCACUGGCACACCUACUAUCAAUACCUUAAGACAUAAUGGUAAAAUCACUUUUAGAAAAUGGAAAACCCAACAUGCUGGUAAAGGAUAUCAUAAACUGACUACGGUUGAAACUUAUUCGAUGUAGACUCAUCGAAGUCAGUUUUCGGUGCCCCCCCUCCCCCCAACGUUUGAAACGUGUAUCAGUUCGACCAGGACUUCCUCUUUGACUAAGAUACGAGUCCACACGUGCUUUACCUACCGCACUUUUUUUGUAGAAUAUUGACGUGGGGUUCCUAAUUUGUUGACGUUAUUGACAUGAGCAGCAUAUCUUCUUAUUCCAGUUAAAUAAUUUUCUAUAGGUUAUUAAAAAACAAAAGGAUGUGAUAUCUACGGUCAACAAUGGCGUUCCACCAACCACGGCUCUCGCCAACCAUAAGAUACGGCUACCCGGCUGUCAAUGCCAGCAGCACUUCUUGGCCCUCCUUCACCUACGUCACUCCCUCUCCGUCAAGGAUCUGGCGGCCAUGAGCAGUGCGCUGGCAUUCUCAUCGCUCUCCUCUGUAUCCUCCUGGCUUCUACGGCGGCAUCGGUCUCCACAGUCCUGGCUGAAAACAGAUUGAGGAGGGAAGGAGGCGAGUUUUGGCCGGUGGAUUGGUGGCAAUCCAACAAGCAGCUUCGGCGUCGACCACUGAGACCGCCGCCACCUCCACGACCUGGCCACCAGUUCAUCGAAUCAGACCGCCGCCAUCUGGACCUUGCCGCCGCUGA